AUGAGCGCCGUUCCCAAGGGAGACUACGAGGGCAUUCGUAACGAGGUCCGCAAGAUCCUCAAGAAGCCCGGAUACGACGACGGUUCCAUCGGUCCCGUCCUGGUCCGCCUCGCCUGGCACGCGUCUGGCACCUACUCUGCCAAGGACAAGAACGGCGGCUCGAACGGUGCGGGUAUGCGCUUCGCCCCCGAGUCGGACGACGGCGCCAACGCCGGCCUCGAGUUCGCCCGCCAGUUCCUCGACCCCAUCGCUGAGGCUAACCCCUGGAUCUCGCGCGCCGACCUCUGGACUCUUGCUGGUGUCACCGCCGUCGAGGCGAUGGGUGGCCCCGUCGUCCCCUGGAAGCCUGGCCGCACCGACUUCCAGUCCGCGAAGCACGCCUCGGAGUACCGUGGCAACAUUGCCGACCGCCUCCCCGAUGCGGCCCAGGGCGCGCAGCACAUCCGUGACAUUUUCUACCGCAUGGGAUUCAACGACCAGGAGAUUGUCGCGCUCUCGGGCGCGCACAACCUGGGCCGGUGCCACCGGGACCGGUCCGGCUUCGAGGGCCCGUGGGUCGUGAACCCGACGCGGUUCUCGAACCAGUACUUCCGCCUCCUGACCACGCGCAAGUGGACGCCGAAGAAGUGGGACGGCCCGCUGCAGUACGAGACCGUCGUCGCCGGCAAGGAGCUCAUGAUGCUCCCCACCGACCUGGCGCUCAUCGAGGACGACAAGUUCCGCCCCUACGUCGAGCAGUAUGCCAAGGACCAGAAGCUCUUCUUCAAGGACUUUGCGGCCGCUUUCGGAAAGCUCAUCGACCUCGGCAUCAACCGCGACGCGAACGGGCUCGCGUCCGUUGGCGGAUGCCCCUUUGCUGGCGCCGCGCGCUCCAACCUGUAA